UAAUGACUAUUACACUAAUUCUGGAAUUCAAGAAAUGUGAUGAAAGUCAAGUUGUAGUCAUUCUAGAAUUCAAGAGUACUUCCAUAGAGGGUAAAGAAAUCGAGUUUGUUGUCUUCUUUAUAGUUUUUUUUUUUGCGUCCUCCUCAGGGUUUGUAGUCAGUUUGAUUCUUUUGCUUUUGGUUUUUGUGACUGCCACCAUGAAUGAUAGAAUACUAGUUUCAUUGAUUUUUACCUCAUCUCUUGGUAAAUGAACUAGGCACCUAUGUGGCUUAUAUGCAUAUGGCUCUAAUCUAGUACAGGCAAGGACACGGGAAUUGACUUGAAUGUUGGUUUAGAUUGGGGAAGGAAUUAUGGAGAUGAUACCGGUGGUGUUAGGGAUAGUGACGAUAUGGAGGACAAUGUCGACACCAGCAAUAGUGAUUCUGAGGAUGAUAAUAACACUAACAUUGGUGAUGAUGAUAAGGAGAACAUCUUAGAUGAGCAUUUGCACAACUUCGAAACACAUCCACACAGCUCAGAUACACCUCUAUACAAAGAUGCUGCAAAUCCAGCCAAGGCUCCACCGUCCUCGAGUAUGUAUGACUCGACCCUGCUUGAUAAAGUCGGGAAUGGGAAGCCAUAUGCUAAAUGGGAGUCGGAUGAUGUUGUGGGUUAUGAGUUUGAAACCCUUCUAGAGGCUGACAAGUUCUAUUCAACUUAUGUUUGUGACAUGGGAUUCAGCGUACGAAAGAACACUCACACAUAUUCAAAAUAAGGAGUUAAAAAUAUACAACGAUGGGUUUUCUCAUGCGAGGGGGAGUGUCAGCCAGUGCACAAUGACAAGGAGAACAGAAAGCAUGAACCUAGGCCUGUAACAAGGCUCCAUUUUCCAGCUUCUUUCAAAGUCAAUUUGGUCUAGGCAACUAACCGAUUCAAGGUGAAGCAGUUUGUACCAACACAUUUUCAUCACUUAGCUGGAGCACAUGAAGUGCAGUUUUUGAGUUCUCAUCGCAAGGUAGAUGACGCAAGUAAGGCUCAGAUUCAAUCACUUAGGGCUGUUGGUGUUCGCACCAAUCAAAUCAUGGAUUAUCUAGUGAAUUGUGCGGGAAGGUUUCAGAACUUGAGUUUCACUAAGACUGAUGUCUACAAUUUUGUUAGUGCAACUACCGAUCCUCAUUUUUAUUGUUGAUAAACAGUAAGUUAUGGUAAUGAACUAGGCAAUAUGUU